UCCAGAGGCGUGGAUUCCCAGCAGCACUGUCGCCUUCUUGAGGAUAAAUAGGCUCUUUGCCUUUAACUGUACUGUACCCCACUGUGUGUGCAGAGACAUGUAGUGUUAGCCUAUUGUUUUGUCGGCACAUAAAAAAGAUGUGCCGUGUUGUUUCUAAUAAUAGCCAAUCUUAUUUUUACCACACCGACGCCUUAUUGCAUUAUGGAUGCCUCAGGAAUGGUGUCCCUGCAAGAUAGCGUGGGAAUAUUCCAGUAGAGGCUGUGGCUGCUCAUCUCUGGGCUAAAUGCUCCAGCAUCCCGCCUGUAACUGCAAGAGCAUCUCGUUCACCGUCGGCUGUUACUGUGUCAUGGCUGUGGUGUGAGUCUAGACUGCUGUGCGUGGGGAUGCGUUUCUUUUAUCCGCUGCUGUACACUUUAUUCUCUGCAUGCCGGAUUUAGGUCCACAGGAGCGCGAUGCGGGAGUAUAAGGUGGUGGUGCUCGGCAGCGGCGGGGUGGGGAAGUCCGCCCUCACGGUGCAGUUUGUCACCGGGACAUUUAUAGAAAAGUACGACCCGACCAUUGAAGAUUUCUACAGAAAGGAGAUCGAGGUGGACUCCUCUCCGUCGGUGCUGGAGAUCCUCGACACCGCAGGCACUGAGCAGUUCGCCUCAAUGAGGGACCUUUACAUCAGGAACGGCCAAGGCUUCAUCCUGGUCUACAGUCUGGUCAACCAGCAAAGUUUUCAGGACAUCAAGCCCAUGAGAGACCAGAUCAUCAGGGUGAAAAGGUAUCAGCAGGUGCCGGUGGUGCUGGUGGGUAAUAAGGUGGACCUGGAGGAGGAGAGGGAGGUGUCCCCCAGCGAGGGCCAGGCGCUGGCCGAGGAUUGGGGCUGCCCCUUCAUGGAGACGUCGGCCAAGAGCAAGACCAUGGUGGACGAGCUUUUCGCAGAGAUCGUGAGGCAGAUGGACUUCUGCCCUCUGCCGGACCGGAGAGAGGCUUGCUGCCCCGCCUGCAGCGUGCAGUAGCAGCCUGCUUGGAGGGGUGAUGGAUGGGACGAUGGUUAGAAAUUAGAAUGCAAAUUAAUUCAUGUUAGAUAGAUUGAAGAUGGAGGGAUUUAAAGGAAAGAUCCACUCUUUCUAAAACUGUUUCUACACUGCUUUCUGUAUCUAGCAGUUGUGCUCUGAUCAAGAGGCAUUCUGGGAAAUGUAGGAAAUCCCUAACUGAAGCAGAAGUAGACAAAGCAGGUUAACUCCUCGGACACAGGGUGGAUUUUUCCCUUGAAAGAAUAAAACAACAUUUGACCUCCCACAUUCAUCACCGACCUCUUGAGUAACGGGAGCAAAUGUUCGGGGUUUCCCAAAGGCAGCACGGUGCCAAAACCAUCUUAAAAGCCAUCGCCAAAGAGGAUCAUAGUGCGAAACGCUUUUUGGGAAACCAGCCAUAGGUCCGAGCAGGGAUGGCAGUGUGCUCCGCAGUUUCAUUGGUCCUCUUUUUCUUCUGCUUGUGUUUUUCUUUUUGCACUUUUGGGACUUUUUGGACAGUGCAAGACCAAUCACCAAGUAUCUGAACGGAUGUCAAGUAACACCACUGUGAAGGAGUCAUACUGGAAGUUAAUUUCACAGCAGGCCCGCCUAACUAUGAAUGAAUGAACAGAUGAACGAAUGUUUAAAAAGGAAACCGCACCUUUGGGGAAAUUCCUUCCGAAGAUCCCAAAUGUUGACAUACUGUGGAUGAUGUGUGCAUGACGUUGUACUGUCACACUGACAUUGAGUACAAUCAAUCUCACCCAAAGAGACAGUAUCAAUCAAUCAACUGAUAAAACAAUCAAUCAGUCAUUCAAACGUACGGUCUUUACACCUUACAGAUGAUACAAAUGCCUUGUUACGUUGUUGGAAGUGAACAUCAGUGUCAGUGUAUCGUUCAUUUAUCUUAAGUCACAUCAGAUAUGUUCGUGGUUCAAUGUGAGAAACACUUAUUUUCAACAAAAAAUAAAUCUUUAUGC